GUAUUUCCGGGUCGUGGGUCUUCAAUAUGGCUGCCGGUGUUUUUCGGCGUGUGUAACGCGUGGAAAUUUGUCUGCGCUAGAUUUAUAACACAAAGUAACGAAAUUUGUGUGAAUGGAGUGCGUGUGUUUCGCGUUGUUAUUAAACAAUUCGUCGUCCAAGAUAGCGUUUGAUAUGUUAACUGCUUUACACACUAGCGAAUAUUAGCACCACGUGUUAUUUGUUGGACCCUACCAUUUACACAUCGGCGACUCAUCUGUUGAACAAAAUGGGUGAGUUUAAGGUGCACCGGGUUCGAUUUUUCGAAUAUAUGCCCAGCGCUGUCAGAGCCAUGGCGUUCAAUAACCGAACUGAGCGGCUUGCUGUUGCCCGGGCUGACAGUACUGUGGAGAUCUUCAAUUUUGCUGACAACUACUACAAAGAGAAGAUCAUCCCUGGAUGUGAGGGUAAAGGCAUUGCGACUCUGUGCUGGGUGGGCCAGCGCCUCUUCAGUGCUGGCUUCAGUGGCGAGAUCACAGAGUAUGACCUGGAGAACCUGCAGGCCAAGUAUACAGUGGACGCCUACGGCGGACCGAUCUGGGCUAUAAGCUGCAAUGGCGAGGGAACACUGUUGGCGGUUGCGUGUGAAGAUGGGACGGUGAAGAUUUUUGAAAUACUGGAGGACAGGAUUCAAUUUCAAAGGAACUUUGACAGGCAAAAAAGUCGUAUCGUAAGUAUUUCUUGGCACCCCUCCGGCACAUGUUUGGCUGCUGGUAUGAUGGACAUGAUCAGAAUAUUUGAUGCAGAAACGGGGCACAGUGCACACAGAAUGCUGGUAGAAAGAGGCAUUGGACCAAAAAAGGUCAGCAGCGGGGUGGUGGUUUGGGCUGUUGCCUUCUUAUCAGACAACACCAUCGUCAGUGGUGAUUCCGAAGGAAAAGUUCAAAUAUGGGAUGGAGUCACAGCAACGCUUGUUCAAACUCAUCGAGUCACAGCGUGGGAUGUUCUUGCACUCUCUGUAACCCAGGAUGAAAGCAGCUUUAUUGCCGGGACAACAGAGGGCACCGUGAUCCAGUUCCAGUUUCUCUCCUGCAACACAGACCAUCAGAGCAAGCGCUGGGUCCGAACCAGAACCUUUAAAAACAGUUCCCAUGACGUGAAGGCAUUGGUUCACACUGAGACAGCUGUUGUUUCUGGAGGUAUGGAUACUCAGGUGGUAGUACAACCGCUGCUGGACAAGGUGGAGAAGCUGAGCCAAGAAGCAUCCCUUCGGAAGAUUAUGUUCCCACAUAGGAGUCUGGUGUCUUGUGCCAAGAAGUUGGGGCUGCUGCUCUUCCAGUUCCCCGAUCAUCUGGAGCUGUGGAGACUAGGGGAGAGCGAUGGGCACGGGAAGCCAGGUGACCGUCUUCCUGUGAAAAAGAACCCAGAGAAAUUGAUUCACCUGAAAAAAAAGGGAGAAGAUAACAUCUGGUUCAGUGCUCUCUCUCCAAGCGGAGAAUGGCUGGCAUUCUCCACCUUCUCCAGCAUUCGUCUCUAUAAGAUCCAGAUCCAAAACAGCAUCAUCGUCACAAAGGUGUCGAAACUGCCCAAGAUCCUUCACACUGCCCAGCAGCUCUGCUUUUCCUCCGACUCCUCCAAACUCUUUGCAUCCUGCGGCCGCUCGUCAGUCAUCGUGGUUUCUCUCAGCCAGUCGGAGUGCAAAUAUGUUCACACCUUUAAACCUAAAUCAGGCUCCAGAAACCCCGUCCAUCUGUUGCACGCCAGUGAUGAUGGCAAGUGGCUCGCAACCGCCAACACGGGUUGUGAAGUGCACGUCUACGACCUUCAAAAGAUGAAGCUUCACUGCACGGUGCCGGUAUACAGCUCUUGUCCCACUGCCUUGGCCAUCCACCCCACCACCCAGAACCUCAUCACGGUACACGCUGAUCAGCAGAUAUUUGAGUUCUCUCUCAAGCAAAAAGAGUACAGUGAGUGGAGCCGCAAGCUGCAGAAACAAGGGCUCCACCCUCGGUGGCUGAAGAGGGACACGCCAAUCACCCACGUCACCUUCAACCCCAAGAACACCGCUCACAUUUUUCUGCAUGACACUUUCAUGUUCUGCAUCCUGGAUAAGAGUCUGCCACUUCCUGACGCAAAAUCUCAGCUAUCCAAUCAGACAACACUUCAAAGUCUUCCAGAGCGUGAGAGGAUAAAACACAGACACUCGUUCAAGAUAAGCAGGACCUUUCAGCACCUCUUGUUUGCCACUCUCCUGGAUGACCAGUCCCUAGUGGUAGUGGAGCGCCCCCUCCAGGACAUCCAGUGUCAACUACCUCCACCUGUACAACAGAAGAAGUUUGCCACAUAAAACAAACAUUCUGUGUGUCAUCCAAGAUGGCCGAUUCCAACAAAGGAAUCAAUUGGGCAAGAGCUGAACCUGGGACGUUGCCGCUUUGUAAAGAUCGUUUUGAUAAAUAAAACAAAUAUUUACCGUAGAGUACUAUUGUUUUUGUUUCAUCAAGCUCAUUAUUAUAUCAGUGUUUUCUGUGCUAACACAUUAGCUCUGUAUUGAGGAUGGAGCCUAUAAAUGUUUUGGU